UUAAUUCUCUGCUUCGCAGAGAAAAAACCCUAGCUAUUUGCCUCUUUCGCACUCUCUCUCUACUCUCGUUGACGAGGAACUCCAUUAACUCGCCAAGAUGCAGAACGAAGAGGGAGUCAUCACCGAGCUUUACAUCCCCAGAAAAUGCUCUGCGACAAACAGGCUCAUCACUUCAAAGGACCACGCCUCGGUCCAGAUUAACGUUGGCCAUCUCGAUGAGAACGGCAUCUACACUGGCCAGUUCUCCACCUUCGCUCUCUGCGGUUUCGUCCGUGCUCAGGGAGAUGCUGACAGUGCGCUUGACAGGCUCUGGCAAAAGAAGAAGACCGAAAUCAAACAGCAGUAGGGAAGACAAGCCUGUUAUUUUCUAUAGAGUGAAAAUGGUUGGAUUAGUACCGUGUUGAGUUUUUUUGUUUUAAAUUGUUUAGUCGUGAACACUGAAAUUAGUUUUUUGCAACUAUUUCCGUUUUGGUAAUGUUAUGCGUUUCGGGUUGAUUCUAAGACUACUAAAUCGUUGAAAACAUUUUCGAACUACUUUUUUCUGCCUCGUA